UUCGAAACACAGGGGAAAAGUUUAAUUUUGUAAAUCUUCACGGGCACUGAAAUGAUUUCUUUUCAUUCAAUCUUUAUUUUGGUUUUGAUUGGAAAUGUGCACUCUCUGAAUCUACCAGAAGUGGAUCAUGAAGCCGAUAUUCCUGCAAUGAAACAAGAAAUUAAAGACUUGAAAUCACUUAUUGCAAAAAUGAAUUCUACGCUAGGUGAUGUUCAAGCUAAACUGGAGAAAUACAAUACAUCAUCCGAUCGAACACUCCCCGUCGCCUUUACAGCCUGUUUGGGAGCAAGCCUCAGAACACUAGGACCUCAUCAACCAAUGGAAUUCGAUCACGUGAUCUUAAACGAGGGCGGGGCAUAUGACCCACGACAUGGAAUAUUUCGGGCACCUGCUACUGGAAUAUAUCGAUUUGUUGUCACAUUUCUUAAUCAGCCUGGUCAUGAAAUCUUUGCAGAAAUUGUGAAAGAUGGAAAUCGGCUUGGUCUGGCAUAUAGUGAUGACGAUCAACACAGCGAAGGAACAGUGCAAGUCAACGUUAAAUUACAGUCUGGUGAAGAUGUAUGGUGUCGGAAUGCGUUAUCCACAAGAUCGAUGACCUUGCAUCCUGAUGGAAUGUACUCUUGUUUUUCUGGAUUUCAAAUUUAAGGAUACGAUUUAUAAUCUUAAACUAAAAACUAUGUAUGCAUUAUAAAUGUAUAAGAAUUAUCAUACGGAUGAAAAGAAAUAAUUUUAAAGAUUGAAAUUGUAGAAGAAAACAACUUGGAAUAAAAAGAGAAUAUAUCCAAUUUAAGGCA